AUAUUCUCACCUCUAGCUCAUCUUUCCGCCCUCUGACUUAUUUGUCACCUACGCUCAGAAUUUCCAACGCAUACAACACCAAAUAACAUUUUCCACUCCGACCACUCCGAAGAUGCUUCGCCAGUAUUUUAGUAUCUUACUUGCGACUAUCGUUGCCGCCGCGAUGGUCAAUGCAGGGUGCUGCAUCACACCAGGUGAAGGAUGCGGAAAUACAGAAGAGGACCUUUGUCUCAAAGCUGGCGGGACUUGGAGGUCAUCGGAUUGCGCGUUUCCAGCAUGCUAGAGGUGGCCUUGAAGCAAGCUGGACGAGUGACCACUGUGCAGUCACCACCGCAGGGUUGAUCGAUAAUCUGUCGCAUCCUGUUGACGUGCAUCUCCAUUGAGUCUCACACUGUAUCCCGCCCAAGCUCUUGGAGAGUGCUGGUUCUGGCGAUCAAACAGUACCCUCAAACGGUCUAGGUUGGUGCAUUGUACCGAUCGGGUCUGGCUGGUGUGGUAGCUGUAGUAUCCAAGAGGAAGCCCUAACAUGGCCCUAGCUCAUCGAUGUUAAAGCGGAACUUCAUGGAGCAACGAAGAAUGAGGUCGCUUGUCUAUAUAUCUGAAGCUCGAACUCCUCCUCAGUGGAAUGGAUUGAUCUUCGCUCACGCACCUUACCAAACGCAUACAACAAUCAAGACAAGUUGUCCACUUCAACAAUUCCUCAGCAUGCUUCGUCAAUAUCUCAGCAUUUUACUUGCGACCAUCGUCGCGGCUACAAUGGUCAAUGCAGGCUGCUGCAGACUACCAGACGGAUGCGGAAAUUCUUCUCCAGCUGAUUGUGCCAGCGCUGGCGGGUCCUAUUCGGAAGCUGAUUGCACUCCCCAAUGCUGAAAGGUGAGCAAUUCGGCAUUUUGCUGGCACUCA